AUGUUCUAUUCCGAGACUCUCCUGUCAAAAACCGGGCCGCUGGCUCGCGUUUGGUUGUCGGCGAAUAUCGAACGCAAACUCUCCAAGUCGCACAUCCUGCAGUCCGAUAUUGAGAGCAGUGUCAAUGCCAUUGUCGACCAGGGCCAGGCCCCUAUGGCGCUGCGAUUGAGCGGACAGUUGCUUUUGGGUGUCGUUCGCAUUUACAGCCGCAAGGCUCGAUACCUCCUUGAUGAUUGCAAUGAAGCGUUGAUGAAAAUUAAGAUGGCCUUCCGCCUCACAAACAACAAUGACUUGACAUCUACUGUUGUCGCGCCGGGUGGCAUCACCCUUCCCGAUGUGCUUACUGAAUCUGAUCUCUUCACCAACCUCGAUACGUCUCUGCUCUUCCCGCAAACCCUCGACCUGGAGCCUGCUGCCAAACGGCCUGGUGCGAUGGACUUUGGAGGUAGCCAACUCCUUCCCGACAGCAGCUUCCGCCGUUCUGUUUCUCAGGAACCCGCACGCCUUGAAGACCCCUCCCUGGUUGACCUUGACUUUGGUGAGGAUGAACUGCCUCUUGGAAACGACCCGACUAUGGAAGUUGGUCGAGACGCCCCUGCUCCCCGUCCUGUGGAGGAGGAUCUUUUCAGCGACGCCGGCAAAUUCAACGACGGCGCCGAUUUGGACCUUGACAUCGGAGAGGAUGAUGGCCUCGAUAAGAUGGAUCUCGAUGAUGGCCACAACAAUUUGAACGAUCUACUCCCAGAUGGUGGAAUGGACCUUGCUGAUGAUAACGACUUCGGUGGCGAGACCCCACGCGCUACCGAAAGUCGAUUUGAACGUGACUCGGAAAGCCCUCUUUCGGAUGCUGGCUCUGACCAGAUGAACCAGCUGGAAGAAGAGUUCAACCGUGAUACUGCCACCCCCGAGGUCGUUACUACCGAGCACGCUCAACGCGCCAAGCGCCAGAAGUUUAUGGAACUGGACAGUUCGGUUGCCAUUUCUACCAAAGAUAUCAGAGAACAGCAAAAUGACCGCUCCGCCAUCAUGAAGCCUGCUUCUUUCUUGCCUCGCGACCCCGUUCUUCUCGCUCUUAUGACCCGCCAGCAAAAUGGCAACUUUGUGUCUAGUGUGUUCGGCGAGGACCGUGGUCGUGGAUGGGCUCCUGAGCUGCGUGGAUUGCUGUCUUUGGACUCGGUCAAGAAGGCUGGUGAGCUGAAGCGCAAGCGUGACAGUGGCAUCUCUGACAUGGAGGUGGCUGGCGCCGAUGUUCCUGCUCUCGAACUUGGCGAGGACGAAGCUAUUGUCCCCGUUGAUGAGGGUAUUGCUGUCGACACUACUCUCAACCAGCGCUCCGAGAUCGAGUUCCCUGGCGAUGAUGGUCACCAGGACCUCCACUUGAGUGACGAUGAAAACAUGAACCAGCUCGAGGAGUUGGACGACACCAUCGCCCACCCCAUUGACACCGAGCCGGUCUCCAUGGGUACCAAGCACGCUGUACACAUCCUCCGCGAGAAACUCGGUGAUGCCGAGAUCUCGCAGAACAAGAGUGUGAUGUUCCAGGACCUGCUCCCCGAGCAGCGUUCUAGUAAGGCCGAUGCCACCAAGAUGUUCUUCGAAGUCUUGGUUCUGGCCACCAAGGAUGCCGUCAAUGUUGACCAGGGCUCCAAGUCUAUUGGUGGUCCUCUCGCCAUCCGUGGCAAGCAGAACCUCUGGGGCUCCUGGGCUGAGGAGAACGCGGCUGGUGCUAUGAGCCAGCUGAGCCAGGCUCUGUAA